GAGCAUCGAGUUGUGCUUGAUUUGUUGACAAUUUGUUUAGUCUCUUUUCAUUUUUUCCUUAUAUGGAAACGAUAAGAUCCUAAAUGUUAAUCUUUCAUAGUAUUUUAUGUAAAUUAUAUACUAUAUUUUGCUAGGCGGUACUUAUUUUGCUGUCCAAACAAAAUCACUAUGACGAAAUACAACCGGUUGGGCUUGAUAGUUAAGCUUUUAAUCAGGUGCCAAUAUCAAUCUGCAAAGUUGUAAAGCCAUUGUCAAAUUACUAUUUUUUUGGUGUUUAUUCGUAAAAUUCGUCGAAAAAAGCAGACAGAUACAUGGCGUUCAAUUGGCAACGAAUAAUGAAAAUCGGUUGUCACCGUGGAUGCACACUGGUUUAUCAGAGAAACCUGCAACUCCGGCCUCUGACUUGUCAGUUCCAGAGACGGUUUGGUACAGAAAAAAGAAACAGUUUCUUUGUGACAACACCAAUUUACUAUGUAAAUGCAGCGCCACACAUGGGUCAUUUAUACUCCAGUGUCAUAGCGGAUGCUACAGCGCGGCACAGGAAUAUCAAUGGUCACGAUGUCACCUUCUCAGUUGGCACUGAUGAGCAUGGCCUGAAGAUUCAGCAGGCAUCUAAAUUACAUAACUUGGAACCAGAGGUGUUUGUUUCACAAGUGUCGCAAAUGUUCAAGACCAUGUUUGAUGGCUUCAGCAUUGCCUACACAGAUUUCAUUAGAACAACAGAAGGAAGACAUAAAGAAGUUGUUCAGCAUAUAUGGUCUGAGCUAAUGAGACAGGGGUUUAUCUACAAGGGGGAGUACUCAGGAUGGUACUCGGUGUCAGACGAGGCAUUUCUGGGUGAAAAAGACGUCCUCGAUAAGACUGAUGAUCAAGGGAACAAAUUCAAGGUGUCUGCGGAGAGUGGACAUCCUGUUACCUGGCUGAAGGAGGAAAACUACGUGUUUGCACUGAGUCAGUUCAAGGAUAAGCUCAAUGCCUGGCUGGACAAGGGAGUGAUAUAUCCCAAGAAUUUUGAGACAGAUGUUCGUUGCUAUGUCAAUGACCUUUGUGACCUCUCUGUGUCAAGGUCACACUCGAGGUUGACCUGGGGUAUCCAGGUACCAGGCGACCCUUCUCAAACAGUCUAUGUUUGGCUGGAUGCUUUGUUUAACUACCUCACUGUGUCAGGAUUUCCCACAAAGUCACAAAGUGUCUGGCCCCCAGAUGUGCAGGUGAUAGGAAAAGAUAUUCUCAAGUUUCAUGCUGUGUACUGGCCAGCAUUCCUCAUGGCAACGGGUCUAGAACCACCUAGAAAGAUCUUCUGUCAUUCACACUGGAGGGUUGACAAUACCAAGAUGUCUAAGAGUCUAGGUAACGUUGUCGACCCAUUUGCACUUAAGAACAAAUAUGGCGGCCAGGCGGACGUACUGAGAUACUACUUGCUGAGAGAGGGAGUGCCGCACCAUGAUGGAAACUUUAAUGAGAAGGUAGCCAUCGAGUAUGUGAAUGCCGACAUAGUAAACACACUGGGCAACCUACUGCAACGCUGCACGGCCACCAGUCUAAACCCAGACCAGAUCUACCCCAGAAAAUAUAUGGACGUGUACCAGUCUAAAUUCAACACUUCUGAUAGGGAGACUUUUGAAAACCUGGAAAUGCUUGUUGAAACAGUCAAUAAACAUUACGACAACCUCAACUUCUACCUUGGCAUCGAGAGCAUUAUGUCCUACCUGCGAUGGUGUAACGGUCUCACGCAAGCACACGCGCCAUGGAAACUUAAGAACUCAACCAAUCCUUCCGACAUUGAAUACGUAAAAACGGUGAUCCACAUCUCGCUAGAGACACUCAGAGUGUGCGGGAUUCUGCUGCAGCCAGCGAUACCUGCUAUCAGUGAUCGACUGUUGAGUCGGCUGGGAAUUCCCGCGGAGAAACGGACUUUUGAGCUCGCUAGAAAACCAUAUUUGAACUCGCCAGAUUUUUACCCUUUAGGUCCAAAUGAUGGUGUUCUUUUGAAACGAUUGGAUGUGCCUAAUAGCUGAUACUGUUAGAGGGUUCUUAAUUGUUUGUGUUUUAUUAUGAUUUGAUGUUUUUGCAAAAAUUGUCAUUGGGUGAUGUUUGAAUACCAAACGUGUAUAUGUGUGUGUCAAAUGACACAUUUAUUGCAGUUAUUUAAAAAUUUGUCCUAAAGUUAUAACAAGAUUUUUAUGCCCCCGGUAGGAUGGCAUAUAGCAGUUGAACUGUCUGUCAGUCUGUCAGUCCGUCCGAAAACUUAAACAUUGGCCAUAACUUUUGCAAUAUUGAAGAUAGCAACUUGAUAUUUGGCAUGCAUGUGUAUCUCAUGAAGCUGCACAUUUUGAGUGGUGAAAGGUCAAGGUCAUCCUUCAAGGUCAAAAGUAAAAAAAUACAAUCCAAGGGAAGUCAAAAGCUUUAAAAGGGAGAUAAUUUCUAAACCUGCCAAAUGAUAUAUUGAAAUUUUAUUUCAAAGCGGCGCAAUAGGGGGCAUUGUGUUUCUGGCAAACACAUCUCUUGGUUUUUAUGUUUUAUAUCACAAGUUUUGCUCCAAUAAAUGAGUGUAAACAAUAAAUAAGAAUAACUAUGUUUA